UGAAGAUAAGGGCAAUGCCAAACUGGGCCACGAAUAUACACCUGCAAGACAAACAGGAGAACAGAUAUUCCAGAGUUUUCACCUAUAGCUGAUGAGCCCUCAGAGAAAUAAUGGGGGAAAGAUUUUCCAGCAGUAUCCACUUCCAGAGGACAUAAAAGGUCCAGCCACACUUCUCCCCUGCCUGGGUUUUCAGGAGCCUUCCCCCAAUGCUGGCCAGGAAGAAGUCCUUUACCAGUGCCAUCGUCGGGGCGCUGGUGGCACUCUCCAUCAUUGCCCUGGUUCUCAGCCUGGUGAGGGUUGAAGAUGUGAUGCUGCCGCCCACGGUCAAGUAUGGGAUGGUGUUUGAUGCGGGCUCAUCCCACACCUCUCUGUUCGUGUACGAGUGGGAUUCGGACAAGGAGAACGACACUGGAGUGGUCAGCCAGACCCUGUCCUGUGAUGUCCAGGGGCAAGGCAUAUCAAGCUAUGCCAACAAUCCCCCUGACGCUGGCAAUUCCCUAAGGGAGUGCUUGGAUAAAGCCCUGCAGGUUAUUCCUACUGAGAAGCAGAGGGAUGUCCCAGCUUAUCUUGGAGCAACAGCUGGCAUGAGGCUACUGAGGGAACAGAACAGCUCAGCAACAGAGCAAGUCCUGGCUGAGGUUGCUAAAACCAUGCAGGAGUACCCUGUGGCUUUCAAAGGGGCUCGGAUCCUUACAGGAGAGGAAGAGGGGGUCUAUGGCUGGAUCACCAUCAACUACCUGCUGGACUCCUUCACCAAGUACUCUCCCAAAGCACACACGUGGCUUCGUCCGGAGGCAGCCAACAUUUUUGGGGCACUGGAUCUUGGAGGAGCAUCCACUCAAAUCACCUUUAUGCCUGAAAGUUCAGUACUGAGGCAGAAUGAAGCCUCUGAGUUGACCCUGUAUGGGUACAGCUACAAGAUCUACGCUCACAGCUACCUCUGCUAUGGGCAGGACGAGAUGCUGAAGCGGCUGGCAAAGGAAUUAAUUGUGGAGUCGUCCCCCAGCACACGAGUGCACCACCCCUGCUACCCAAAGGGCUACAAGGAGACCGUGUCGCUGUCCUCCUUCCGCGCCAGCCCCUGCACGGACGGCAGCGACCCGCGCCUGCCCCUGGGCGACAGCACGGUCACCCUGGAGGGCAGCGGCACCGCCAGCGCCUGCCUGGCAGCCCUCAGGAGGCUCUUCAACUCCUCGGCGUGUGGCCAGGGCCAGGACUGCGCCUUUGACGGCGGCCACCAGCCCCCGCUCCGGGGGCAGUUCAUUGCCUUCUCUGCCUUCUACUAUAACUUCAAGUUCCUGAACCUGACGGAGGGGCAGCCGCUGGCCGUGGUCAGAGAGGCCAUCGAGGGGCUCUGCACAAGGAGCUGGGAGGAUCUCUCUUCCAGCUACCCCACAGAGAAUCCCAAGCGACUGCCCAAGUACUGUGCCAACGCCAACUACAUCCUCACACUCCUGCUCGACGCCUACAAGUUCAACGAGACCAGCUGGAACAAUAUCUGCUUCCAGAUGAAGGCCGGGGGUGCUGACGUGGGCUGGACGCUGGGGUACAUGCUGAACCUCACCAACAUGGUCCCGGCCGAGGCUCCAGCCAGGGUGAAGGGCCUCAGGUCUUCCCUGUGGGCUGCAGCCAUCACCUUCAUCAUCUUCACCCUUGUCUUGGGGCUCGCUGCCCUGCUCCUGCAGCUGUGGGUGUAAGAGCCUGGCCAUGUUUGGGAGCCCAGCAGGGACAGACUGGGGCUGUGGCACUGUGCUGGAGUCCUCGUGCUCCUGCUUGCAUAACUGGAGCCCAGGACUGGGUCUGUGCUGCUGAGCAUAGUCACCUGCACAGCUCCAGAGAACUGGGGUUUGUAUUUCCAUGGGCCUGGCCCCCAACACGCAGACAGGCACUCUCUGAGGUUUCCAGAGGAGCUUCACUCCCAUGGAGGCACAAUGGGAUCAGCCUGCAGAAGCAUCAGCUGAGCCUGUGUGCCUCCUGUCAGUGCUCUGCGUGUUACAGACAUGGCUCCAUCCCACCAGCUGGCCCUGGGGCUGUGGAGGGCCAGCCCAGCCAUGGGACAGUGCCUUGGUGCCAGCCUGCUGGGGCAUGGGGCAGUCACAUGGGGACAGAGUGCUCCAUGGAAUGCCAGCUCUGAGUGUGGCCACCAAGAGCCGGUGGGUCCCUGCUAGGUCUGCCAGCCUGAGGGAUGCUCUGUGGGACCCCAGCUGGCCCUGUGGAGGGUCUGUGGCUGGGGCUUUCGUGGAGAUGGUCUUGGAGAAAGAACACAGAGCGCCCAGUCAGAAGUGUGCCCUCCAGAGAGUCCAUCUCAUCAUCUCAUCACCGUGUUAUGGCAUGUCACAUCACCUCAUCAUCACAUCUCACCACCCAUCUCAUCCUCUUCCUUUUCACCUGGAAUAAAGGGAUUGAUGCUC